AUGGCCGUUAUCGCUAGUCCAACAAGCCGUUCAGAUGCGUCUGACUCUUCGACUCCCUUUGGUAUUCUCAAAGAUGCCCCCAUCCCCCAGAAGUUCACGGUAAUACCAAAGAACCAGAACGCACUCCUCGAGCGUAAGGAUUCUUGGAUUUCAGCCCUGAACAACGACUCUCAAAAGGGAGCAGUCAAUGUUCCACCAAAUGUCCUUGAGACCGUCAAAUACUUCCACACUUCCCGCACACUUCCGCCUGCUGCUCAAAAGCCGAAUGUGGAAGGCUCUAGUGGACCGCUUCAAAUGGAAGCAGAGCUGGCAGUUCCAUCAGCACCAUCCCAAGAGCAAGAAGAUGGAGUUAGCCUAAACUCCAGCCCAGGAAUUCCCGUCAGCUCCUGGCCAGAGUCUCUCCCUCCAUCUCCCCAUACCUCAAGACAACACCUCACACCGUCUCCGGCACCGUCUAUCAAAUCGCAGAUUGUAACAGAACGCCAGUCUGGCCCGUUGAGUGUUGCUCCUGAAUCUCCUCCGCCAGACCGACCGAGCAGUCCUCAAAUCGCGUCUUCGCCGCCCAUGCAGCCAGCCCCUAAGCGGCACAUAGCGCCCUUGGCUGGGUCUAAACGUCGCCCGCUGGAAGCUUUCCCGUCAAGCAGCGCUGGUCUGGAAGACGAGUUAGAAACAGCCAUCCCUGAUGCCCUUGUUGAAGCAACGCCUCCUAUCAAUCGAAUGGCCGCACGCGUGGCGACGGCGUCACAGGCUGUUACAAGUCCACCUUGUGGUCAGGGAAGCAUGGUUCCAUCCACUUAUAGGGACGUUAAGAGCCCCGAAGAGAAGGCGCAAGCUCCCAAUAAGAGGCGCUGUCAGGGUAUGAAAGUCAUCGUGUUUAGUUCAACCCCCGAAGAUCAGCCAAAAGGGAGCAGCAAUUGCGGCAAGACUCCUGCUCGACCUGCGAUACCACUUGCAGCUCCUCUACAGGAACCUUCAUCGCUAUCUUCAGCAUUCCCAAUCGCGUCGGCGCUUCCCAAGACUGACACGCAGUCCUCUUUGAGAACAUCUCGGAAUGUCGAGGCUACCAAUGGCCAACAAGCCGGCGCCACCCCACGCCCAGUUCCGCCCGCUCCAGGACCGGCUCACGAUUCCGAAGAUCAUGUUAUGACAGGGACCAACACUGUCCCGGAAGCGCGUCGAGCGAUGCCGAAUGAUGGCAGCUUCGACCAGCCGGCACAAAGCUCACGUUGUCAAGACAUAAUCUCAUAUCUAGACCACGAGUGGAACGCAGAGAACCUUGACUGGCUUCCGCCAAAGUUGAAACAUUUCCGGUCGGCUCUUACAGCUCGCAGCCUCGAAAACUUGCAGAAAAUCACCAGCUUGGCCAUCAAAAACGGCACCAGGCUUUCACGACUGUGGUCCGAACCUGAUGGUCUUCUCUAUCGCUCGGCUCAGCAGCAAACAAAUGGGAAACUCAAUUUCCCUGAAGAACUAGUUCAUAUGACACUUGAUCUCUACGGGACGGAGAUGGCAGGAAUAGAGGGUCACCCGGCAAGGGCCCCAGAGGAAGUCCUUAAGGGGCCCUCUCGGCAGACCAGUCGACACGAAGUAGCAACUCAGACGAGAACCACAAACCCCUCACCCCCCACGUCACCGACUGUUGUUCAAGCUCCACGGGAUGCCCCCUCCAGCCCUCAAGUCACCAACAAGCACGAAAGACCCAUAGAGACGCCACCACGGCCACCACGAGAGGUGGUUGCCAAGACUUUUGCACGGGAUCCCUUGGAAGCUUUCCGCAACGCCUACCCUUCCUAUUCAGGGAGUACUGGCGACUUUGUCAAAGCAUGUCUGACUAUCAAAGACCUUCGUCGAAAGCUCCUGCUCCCUAAGUGGCUCUAUGACGACUUCAUCCGAGCCUUUGUGGAUGGCUUCAUCCCCUAUAUUGAAACCCUGGACGACGACGAAGCUCCACUUUCGGCUUAUCAGUGGUAUGUUGAGUAUGUGGACAGCCCAGCCUUCCAAGGUGGCGUUGUGACGCGUGAGAACCUCCAUCAAGUUUUCAGGGUGUAUCACAGCGCAUAUAUGUCGGCAAGGGGUUCUCUUUCAGGUAAAACAUCUACGCAUCCGGGAGUUGGACUGGAGCCUUCGACCGAGACGACCGGGGUUGAUAUUGAGAGGGGCCCCCAAACCAGAAUUCCUCAGGUAGUCGAACCCAGGCCACGGGUUCGACCAAAAGAACCUCAUAAUUCGAGCGCAACAUCUGCCGACCUGUCAUUUUUGCCGGACCAGCCAUCACCCGCUGUCGCGCAAGAGACAACGAAGGGUCUCAUGAACGGCCGACAAUCCAGCAUUGAAGCCAAGGAUGACGACCUCUUGCCCAUCGGGUCGCAUGUGCCCCUCACCAAAGUAGACAAGGGCAAACAACGGAUGUCAGUCAAGGAGGACCAGGUCAUGCGGGACGCUCCGGCAUCAGCACCGGCCAUUCAGCGCCACAAGAACGUCUUCUCGGGGGACCGAGAAGUCACGCAUGUUUCGAGCACCCCGCGGCCUCGAACGGCAAACCCAAAUGAUGCCGGUUCCUCCAAAGAUGAAAGCCGCAGUCACAAUGGCCGUAGUGUCAGCAAUAUUACCCCCACCAGCCAGACAACCACCCGCAACUCGGUGCUGUCCGAAGGGAAGCGUGUCUCUGCAGUGAAACUCUGGCAGAACGAGUUUAUUGCGGAAACGCCCCCUCGAAAUUUGGCGGCUCCUGCCAAGACCGCGACACAGCACCCCGCGGUACGUCGGAGCCUGCCCGUCUCAUUCGACUCCGCUACGCCCCUGGCUUCCAUGCCGAGCAUGGAAGCACAGCGGAGUGGCACGCCGAGAAGCACGCUCUCGGCUUCGACGCAGGCCCACCGGGUCAAGAAGCCCAGGUACGAAACGGAGGAGGAGAGAAAAAAGCGCAAGAUGAUGGCCAAACUCGAGAAAAUGGCAAAGGAGGGACGGCUGGCGCCGCCGCUAAGCUCCAUGCCUCGAAAGUCGUAG